AACCUAUAAAUGAUAAUAACAAUAUUUCAACAUUACCAACUUUUACUUCAAUAGAACAAGAAAAUGCGACAAUGUGGUCUUCGUCAUUUUCUUGGGAUAUACAAGCAACUUCUGAACUUGAUGCGCAAAAUAUUGAAGGAAGUAGUUUUGAUGAAGUUGGUGAAUUUAAGGGUGAAAAUACAAAUGAUUUUUAUGAUUAUCAAAUAAAAAACAAUCUAUUUAUGAUGGUUUUGAUGAUACUGAAAUGGAGAAAAAUUGAAAGUGUCAAUGUUAUUACUAAAGAAAAUCAUAAUUUGGAAAUCCAAAUGAAUCACCUUAGAUUCGUUACAGAUACUUGGUUUUCAUAA